UUGAAGAGCCUUCACAGCCAAUAUCCUGACAUCACAUAUCUUUAUUCAAUAGGAAAAUCGGUUCAAAGACGAGAUUUGCUCGUUCUUGCAAUCUCCACUGAUCCUUCGCAACACACACCAGGCAAACCAGAGUUCAAAUUCAUCGGAAAUAUUCAUGGAAAUGAGGUAACUGGCCGUGAACUUUUGCUCAACUUGGCUGAAAGCCUUUUAAUGAAUUAUGGUCGAAAUAUUUAUUUAACUAAAAUAGUCAAUAUGACUCGAAUACAUAUAUUACCAUCGAUGAAUCCCGAUGGUCACAAACGUGCUAUAGAAGGUGACUACAAUGGUGUUAAGGGAAGGUUUAAUACAAAUGGUGUCGAUUUAAAUAGGAAUUUCCCACAUGGGCGAUCUCAUGGUAAUCAUCUUGGCCGUCGUAUACAACCUGAGACAUUUGCGGUCAUACAAUGGAGCAUUCCAUUCGUGUUGUCGGCCAGUCUUCAUGAUGGUUCUUUGCUGGUCAAUUUUCCUUAUGAUGAUUAUAUUAAUGAGCGGCGCUUCACAUCUCAUACUGGUGAUCAUGAAUUGUUUAUAAGACUUGCAUAUUCCUAUGCUCGAGCACAUGAAUUUAUGUGGAAAAAGGGACCUCGCUGUCUGUAUGAUUUCUACGACGAUCCACAGCUUGGAAUAACAAAUGGUGCUGAAUGGUAUCCAGUUGCGGGAGGUAUGCAAGAUUGGAAUUACUUGAACACAAAUUGUUUUGAAGUGACUAUUGAAAUGAACUGUCAAAAGUAUACAUUUGAAAAUCGCUUACAAAAACUUUGGAACGAACACAAAUUUGCAAUGAUUGGAUUCAUUAGCCAAGUGCACAAUACAAUUCAUGGAUUUAUCACUGAUUCAGUUACUGGAGAAGGAAUAGGAAACGUCGAGAUCAGAAUAACAAACGAAGCGAAAGUUAUAAAGUCAUCAAAAUAUGGCGAUUAUUGGCGUCUCAUCAAUCCUGGUUUAUACCAAAUGACUUUUCAAAGGCCAUUCUAUAAGACAGAAAGAAAGAUUAUUGAGAUUAAAAAUGAGCAAUCAUCACUUUUUCUGAAUAUUUCAUUACAAAGGUUAAAUCGACGCUUCCAAAAUGCUGAUCAAAACGCUUUGAACCUCAGGUCAGCAGUUCCUAAGUCUACUAUAUCGAUCAUUGUUCCCUUCUCUAUUGUAUUAUCUUACCAUUCUAUUUUUAGAAUUUUAAAUUUGUUGAUGGAAUAA